AGAUCCUCAUACCCCCACAAACCUCUAGCCAUCGCCGUAAAGCCUCUCUUGUCAUGGCAGAUCAGUCCAAGAAUUCCGAUCCAUCAGACGAGGUGACAGCGUGCUUCGUGCACUCUCUCAUCGCAGGCGGAGGGCUCUCCUUCACCAAGGCUGGGAAGGGUCAUUUCUCCAAGGACACCGAUGUCAUCACCGAGUCCAGCAUCACUGAUGCCCUGUCCAUCGCAGAGACGGAGGACGGCCGGCCCGGGUCACCACCACAUAACGUCGUACAGUCGCGACACUUGACGAAGAAGCAGCUGUCGGAUAUGGCGUGGAAUGUUCGAAGGCUAUCUAAGAGACUAGAUAGCAUCAGGCUCAGGCUCAACGUCAAGUCUAUCUUUCUGGUAACCAAGGCUGGGGAUAAGUCUGUUGUCAGCGCAACCCGGGAAGUCGCUCAGUGGCUACUCUCGAAGGAAUGUGGCACGCAGUUUGUUGUGUACGUCGAAAAUAGGCUUGAGCUAGACCCCGGGUUUGGCUAUGAGGAGCUCCUCCAGGAGGAACCCUCUGUGAAGGACCGACUGAAGUUCUGGGAUACCAAGCUGGCUGGCGAACAGGCCCAUCUGUUUGACUUUGUCAUCACUCUGGGUGGCGAUGGCACCGUGCUUUACACUAGCUGGUUGUUCCAGCAUAUAGUCCCUCCGGUACUUUCUUUCGCCUUAGGAUCACUAGGAUUUCUAACCAAAUUUGAUUUCAAUGACUACCAAAACAUCCUAGGAUCUGCCAUCAAAAACGGGGUCGUGGUUAGCCUGAGACUGAGGUUUGAGUGUACGAUUAUGAGGAGCAACCCCGAGCCCAGCGAGACCUCAGCCAGCAAAAAACACCGAGAUCUAGUUGAAGAGCUGAUUGGGUAUGAAUCACAUACGACACUGACACAUCGACCAGACGGGGUCAUGCACAUUCUGAACGACGUCGUCGUCGAUAGGGGACCAAAUCCUAGUUAGUUUGGACGUUGAGAGGACGUAGUUUGUGGCGGUGACUGACUUGACUUCCAUAGCUAUGUCUUCUAUAGAGCUGUUCGGUGGCGAUGAGCACUUCACGACCCUCCUCGCUGAUGGGGUCUGCAUCGCCACGCCAACCGGUUCAACCGCUUACAAUAUGGCAGCAGGAGGAUCGCUCUCGCAUCCAGACAACCCCGUGAUCCUCAUCACUGCUAUAUGCGCACAUACGCUGUCCUUCCGUCCGAUCAUUCUCCCAGAUACUGUCGUGUUGCGGGUGGGUGUUCCUUACGACGCUCGAACAAGCUCGUGGGCAAGCUUUGAUGGGCGACAGAGG